GUGUUUCAAGGGUUUUGACCGUUGGCAAGAAGUGACUUAGUUACUCGAUUUUGGAGUGGCAUUUCGGUGACAAACACCCGGAAGUGAACAUCGAUCGAUCAUCGGGAGCGAUCGAGUUUUAAACGAGCGUUUAAAACAAACGAUCGUUUAGCACAGCACGAACUGAUCGAGGCGGUGGUGAAGGAGUUUGUUGUAAAACAUUGUGCAACCAGUGAGGUGUUUCAAAUUUUGGCACCAAGUUCAACAGCUCCGGAGGACAUCCGUUGUGACAUAUUCUGCUAGGAGUAAACAUCAAGCUAAACGAAUUAAAAAAACUCAAACACACAAAAUGAGCUUUCAACGACAAACCUCAGCAAAGACGACGGAGCUGACGGCAUCCGUGCCGGUAAAGCUGCUCACCGCUGGAACGGCUGCCUGUUUUGCAGACUUCAUCACCUUCCCGCUGGACACGGCCAAAGUGCGGCUACAGAUUCAAGGCGAACAGCCGGUUAGAACAGUCGCCAUGGCUCCUGCCCUCAACACAUCCGCCUCACUCAAACUCAACCCGGCACCCAUGCCGGCGACUCAGCACGUGCAGUACCGUGGCCUGGUGGGUACACUCACAACCAUCACCAGACAGGAAGGCUUCCGGACACUGUAUAACGGGCUGUCCGCGGGUCUACAGCGUCAGCUGUGCUUCUGUUCCAUCCGCCUAGGAUUAUACGAUACCGUGAAAACAUUCUACGGUUCCCUGCUUAAAGAAAAUGAAGCUGGCCUUCAGAUUGGAACUCGAAUCUUAGCCGGUCUAACGACGGGUGGUGCCGCUGUCAUGAUCGCACAACCGACGGAUGUCGUCAAGGUGCGGUUUCAAGCGGCCACACGCUCGUCCACCGGGCGUCGGUACGCUUCCACGCUGGAAGCUUACCGGACGAUACACCGGGAGGAAGGGAUGCGCGGACUGUGGAAGGGUGCGAUGCCGAACGUGGGUCGUAAUGCGAUCGUCAACGUGGCGGAGAUUGUCUGUUACGAUGUGGUGAAGGACUGUCUCCUGCUGUACGCACACAUGCCCAACGAUAUCCGGUGUCACUUUUCGGCCGCGGUUGUAGCGGGACUGGCCGCAACAAUCGUCGCCUCGCCGGUGGAUGUGGUGAAGACGCGCUACAUGAACUCACCCCGCGGACAGUACCGUGGAGCGUUAGACUGUGCCAUCCGGAUGGGUGCCAAGGAGGGUGUCGCUGCAUUCUACAAAGGCUUUGUACCGUCGUUCGCACGGCUCGUCUCGUGGAAUGUGGUCAUGUGGAUCAGCUACGAGCAGCUCAAGCUGGUCAUCUUUAACCGAAGCUAAAGCGAUUCCGGCAGGCGAGCGCGGGGUCCGGGUGCUAGAUGCACCCGGCACCAGAUCCUUUCGCUCAGUGGCUCACGCGCACACGCUUCCGGAAUGUGUCUUAGCGCAAACGAAGUGUUGCUGAUAUAUAGCUAUUUUAAACAACAUGGAUAAAUUUAUGUUUUACAACGCGGUAUGACUGCGACCAAGUGUGACCGAGUCAGGGCAACAGGAUCAAGGGAAUGGAAACGGAUCGACCGGAUAGUGUCGAUCAGUAUGCAAAAACUGGUGCAGUAUCCUUAGGACGUAACAACGCGUUUCCAUGUGAUCCCUCAAUCGUUCAACAUUUCCACUUGAGCUUUUGCUUUUCGUUUACGAAUGUGAUAAUAAGUAUGUAUGUGUAUGUGUAUGUGCGAAGGAAAAAUGUAUGUCACGUCUUAAUUUUAAAAAUUAAUAAACCUCAAAGAAGAAACAAACAUGCUUACCUUUCAAGCAGAUCAAUGCAUG